ACAAAAUUUUAUUCAGCAGGUAAAGGAACAUAUAUGGUAAUAAGAGUAUUAUUUCAAAAUACUAAAAUUUUUCCUUAAUAUCUUUUCUCUGAUUUAUGUGGCAUAAACAAACUGCAUGUUGGUGUCCAGACUAUAAAGGUUUUAUCGGCACUUUGUUUGGGUUUUGUCUGUAAACUCAUCCUCCAAUACCAGUUGUGGUAUCUUGCGAACUAAGUUCCAUAAAACAUUUACAGUUUAUCACUCCGUUUCCCUCACUCUCCACAGAGACAAAAAUUUAGUGCUCACAAAAGUACUUAUAAGUAUAAAUAAAUUAUCUAGUUUUGAAAACUUGUUUUAUUUAGACUCUAGAUCACCUGCUGGAAGUAAAUGUAGAGGGAAGAGGGUAUUUGCCGUACUUCUCAGCUGGAUCUGAGAUUUGGCAAAUUCCUUCCUCAAGGAAAACCACUUUCCAAAGAUAUCCUUGGUAAAUGCUUACUGGGAUUAACAUAAAACUGGAAAGGUCUCUUGCGUCCACACCUUCGAAUUCAUUUGUAAAUAACCACUACUUUCUUUUCUUCCCCACUGGGAGACCAGGCAGCAAGAGUCACAGGUGCAGCAGGGUUUUCACUAAAGGCAGCAUAGAAACAAAAGGAUGUAGGCGCCAGGAGGAAAACAUAGUCUCACAGAACAAAAUCAGUCUCGGAGGGGAUAGCAGAUCUAAUGCCAGGUAUACAGAAGUUUAGAUAGUCUCCAGAGAUGGUGUGUCAGCUUUAUUAGGUCUUCCGUUACGCCUGUCUGAUUGGCUUAAACCUUUGUGUUAGUCUUUAUCUUGAGGAUAGAUCUCUUUGCUAAGCACGUGAUAGGUGUUAAGACCGUAUUGAUUUUUUUUUUAAAGGAGAUAGUCAUUAAAUCUAAACUUCACGGUUAGUUUUAACUUUCAAUUUAUGGCUCACGAACCAAACGAUUCCUAUGAUCCCUGAAUUUCAUUACUUAUAAGGAGUUCGGAUAGGCACCAUCUCAAAAUCAUUAAAUUACUCACACCACACAGCUUAGAAAUCAGAUAAGGCAAUGUUUGGAUAGAGUCCUGCAGAGAUUAAACAUCUUGAGCAGAAAGCCCCAACACAGAGUGCAUAGUGAAUUCAGAUGUAUUGUAAUUAAAGUCAUCCAGAUGGUAGUUGGACUAAUCAAUGAUGAGGCGGUAUUUAUCUUGGGAUAGAAGAUUCUGAACUCCAGAGUGAGAAAAUCCCCAAGGUGGGGGGUGGGGACAGUUAAUAAGCGCCCCUGGGAAAGGCCCAUUCAGCGAGGCUGGAAAAUUCGUUUGAAUUUGAAUCAAUUUGAAUAGAAAUCUCCCCUAGGAAGCAGGAACCAGAUCCUCUAAGCCCAGCAAACUUUGGGCAGGAAGCAAACUUUGUAACACAGCAGUCCCUUGUCUGUGGUUUGGGGCGCAGAGAAAGAAAUCACAAGCUGGGAAUCGAAUGUUUGAGUCUCUUCAAAGGACCCUGAAGGGGAGAGUAACGAACUCCAGGCACAGUGCUGGCAAGCCUUCCCCUGCCCGCACCCACGCGGGUGCUCGGGCGCGUAGGCCCUCUCGUCACCGCUAGGGCGUCCACCGAGCAGCCCUCGUCCGGGCCGGCCCCCGAAUAUGCAGCCCAGAGCGCGGGGCGCCGAGGGGGCGGGGCGAUGAGCGGGCGGAGGGCGCGGGAGAUGCAUCCUGGGAAAUCCAACAACAUGGGGAUCCUGGGCUGCCGGCGCUGUGGCCGCCGCGAGUCCCGGCCGCAGGCGCUACCGCUAUCCUGAAGUCCGAGCGGAGGCCCGCCCGCCGCUGCCCGGUUCCCCCGCCCAGGCGCCCCCGCCCCCUAGCCGCGCCAUGUGAGGGGCCGCUCCCACCGCCGCCUCUUCCUCCCCGCGCCUCCCGCCCGCCCCCGCCGCCUCAGCCCCCGCCAUGGACGCGCACUACGCGCCCGCGGGCUUCGCGGAGUCUCCGGCGCCCCCUUCCAGCGCAGCCACGCAGCCCGCUGCCCCCGCCUGGGCCUACGAAGCCCGGGUCCCGGCCGCCGCCUCCAGCCCCAGCUGCAGCGGCAGCAGUCCCAGCCUUAAGGCCAGCUAUGAAGAUGUCCAUCCCUCCCAGUCAGAAUCGGAUGUUCUUCAAAGACAGACAUUCACAGCCUCUCACCAGCUUCCUGGAUAUGCCGCCACUCCUCAAGCAACUGGCAUGCAUUCCUCAACAGCAGCUGAGCUGUUUGUUACAGGACCCUUGCCAACCAGCGGAACACUUCCACCACCGACUUUGUCUGCUUAUCAGCAUCCAGCUUCCUUUAGCAACAGAAACUUUGUGACCACCUCACCUUUGGUGCUUCAAGAUUCAUCUUUUAACACUACAUCAAAUGGAAUUUUAAACCCUCAUGACCCUUUGCUACAAAUUAAGACUUCCCAGGGAACUGUCCCGACUGCUUUGGCAUUUGAGCGUCUGGGCAGUUCUGCAUUAAGUAACAGCAUACCACCUCAGUCUUCAACAUAUCGCUCGGCCCAAGAGUCAGCACCCCAUCUUUUACAACCUCAGUUUAGUUUGUUGCCUUCAACACUUGGGGGAGCCCAACAAACCCCUCAAGCCUAUAGUUCAGCUCUUUUUACUAAUUCUGCUGCUUCCAUUGAAAGAGCCCUUCUUCGAGAAUGUAGUGUUAUUAAACACCACCAGCGGCCUUCAGUUACCCAGUCUAUUCAGGCACAACUGACUGGUUCACAGCAUCCCUUACAUAGUUACCUAUCGAGUGCAAGUAUUGGCAGUUUUCAGGAAACAUCUAGGCAGUCGUCUUUAUCCUGUAGUUCAGUCCGAGAUUCUACUCAGGUGAGCAAUGGAGUAUUGCAGCAGAAGACCCCUCAGGUCUCAGCAGAACUUGCCCAGUCUUAUUCAUCUGUAAUUCCAUCAUCAGGGUAUCUUCCUUCUGCAACAAAAGUAGACAGCUGUUCUACAAAACAGCCACUAACAUCAACUACAAUUCCCAAGCCUCAAAGUGUAAUUCCUCCUGUGCAAACACUAAACUAUUCUAAACCUUUACAUAACCAGAGUUCUGUAAUAUCAGGUCAAGCACAAAUUUAUUCAACAGCACAGCUACCAAGCCUUUUAUCAGUUAGUCAGUCCCAAAAUUAUGGUUCAGUACAGCCACAUGGUGUGCCGUCCAUCGUUCAUUCACAGGUUUACAGGUCCAGCAGGGCUGAGAAGUUGCCACCCUUAUACAAAACAUUGACUUUUCCUGGGUCAUCUCAGCCAGUGACCUCUGAAAAUCAGACACUCAGUUAUUCAUCCAAUCAGCAGGAAGUAUUAUCUUUAGUUACAAAUGAGAAUUACCCUGCUCAAACAAGAGACCUGUCUUCAGUCAGUGAGUCUCAAAAUUAUUCUUCUGGUCACUCUCAGGGUUUAUCACCAGUUAGCCAAACACAGGUCAGUUAUUCAUCUCAGUCACAAGUUUUAUCUGUUGUUAGUCCUUCAGAAAGCUACGCAUCAGGACAGUCUCUGACAUUACCAGCCCCUUCUCUUUCUUAUUCUUCUGCCUCUCGGGGUCAGAGCUUGCCAGUUUCUACCCCAACACCAAAUUAUCCUUCUAUGCAUUCAUCCCCAAAUGCUCAGACACAAGGAUCUUCUCCUCCUCAGCCCCAAAAGUUUUUGCCUGUUGUGCAGUCAUCUUUUGCAUCCUCUUCUCGUGGUCAGACUUUACAAAGUAGCAUAGCUUCCCCUGAUUCAAAGUCUUAUGCUGAGAGAAAACUUGACUCAAAUGUGUAUACAUCUUCAAAGCAAGAUGAUUUUCCAAUGCAGAAAUUACAAGCAUUGCAGUCACAAGCAUCUCUUGAGUCAUCAAGCCAAAGGCUACCCGAUGGGGAAGUGAAUGCCCAAGAGUCAGUUUAUAAGACAUCAAAGGCAGAUGAUAGGUAUUCUCAGAGUGUAACCAGAAAUAACUCCCACCUUGAAGAUCAAGUUGUUGGAGUUGGUCUCCAGGGUUCAAAACAAGAAGAAAACAUGGUUGGUUCAAUGACACCACUUAACCAGCAAAGCAGCCAACCCAAUACUUCAGUAGCCCCUGAUCUUAAGAAGUCAACUAAUUUAAUGCAGACUCCACAGAUAAGGUUGAAUACUAAAGACCUCACCCAGCAGCAUUCUCUCAUGCACAAGAUGCAUGGAGCGAAGGCUCAGCAACAGCAUGAUCAAAUGAUCAGUGCCACACCUCAGAUACAGGUUCCAAACCAUGCUUUAGGGCACAGUCAUCAGGCUCUUCCUAACGCACCAGUCCUUGCAGACUCUGCCUGUCACUUACAGAUUCUUCAGCAGGCUGGGAUGCUACAGGCGAGCCUGGGACAAGCAAAGGCAUCCUUGCAAGUGCAGCGUGUUCAGAGUCCGCAACAGAUAGUCCAUCCUUUCCUUCAGAUGGAUGGCCAUAUUAUCCAGAGCAACGGUGAACAUCCUCAGCAGCAGCUGCAUGCCCAGAAUCCUGACGUCAUGAAACUAGACCUCCCUGAACCUUCAAAACCAUUGCAGCAGCUGACAACCAAUCCACAGGAUUCAAAGAGUCAGUUUGUUUCUCUUGGAUCAAUAUGCUUCCCAGAGGCAAUGCUUCUCAGUGAUGAAAGAAAUAUUUUAUCAAAUGUAGAUGACAUCUUAGCAGCUACAGCAGCAGCUUGUGGGGUUACACCUUCUGAAUUUUCCAAAUCAGCUGCAAAUGAAACCAUGCAAGAUAUUGAAAGUAGUGAUUCUAAGCCUCAUUAUCAGCAGUCAUUAGAUGUCAGGCAUGUGAAUUCAGAUUUUAACUCCAUAACAGCUACAGUAGGAAAGCCACAGAGUAUUAAUGAUAUUUCCUUAAAUGGAAAUCAGGUUAGUGUAAACCUUUCAUCAGUACCCACCCUUCAGUCAGAAACAGUCCUUGAUCAGCCGCAUAUGGAAACAUCUAGUCAAAAUAUACCAACUAAAGUACCUUCUGCCAUGGUUGGACUGGGUCAGGAAAUCCAGGAGCAAAGUUCUGACCCAUUCAAGAAACAGUUGACUAUAAACCAUGAGUCUAAAGAAGACAGGGAAAUGGCUGUUGACAGUGCAGUGACUAAUAACAGAAAUCAAGAGUUUGUCUCUAAUAGUCGGAGCAUAAGUGGAGAGAGUGUGGUAUCAGAGAGUGACUUUACCCUAGUAGGUGAUGACAGUGGUAUGUUGGUCAACCAUAGAAGGAGUACACUUGCACUGCUGGCCAUGUCCCAGCCAGGGGAUGCAGCCAGUGGCAAGACUGAAGAUGAAAAGCAAGAUGUAACAUAUUUUAACCUUCCAAAGGAAAAAGCUAAAGGAAAAGAACAGGGUAAAGAGGAAGAAGAUAAUCAGAAACAACUGAAAAAGUCUGCUCAGUGCAAGCGACAGAACCCCCGAGGGACAGAUGUGUAUUUACCAUACACUUCCCCUUCCUCAGAAAGCUGUGAUGAAGGUUUCCAGCAUCAAGAAAAGAUGAGGCAGAAAAUCAAGGAAGUGGAGGAAAAGCAGCCAGAGGUCAAAACAGGAUUUAUUGCUUCCUUUUUAGACUUCCUGAAGUGUGGGCCCAAGCAGCAGUUUUCUACCCUUGCCGUUCGAAUACCUAAUAGGACCAGACGAUCAGGAACCCAAGUCACCCGUACCUUCUGUCCCCCACCAUUUGCAAAGACAUCACCUGCAGCACAUGCACUGUUACCAUCUGAGACUGGAGGGGUCAAUCUAUCAGAAAAAGUUGACAAUGAACUUAAAAAUUUAGAACAGUUAUCUUCGUUUUCUUCUGAUGAGGAAGAUUCUGGCACGUGUGGCCAUGAUAGCUCUAAGAGCACCUCUGCUCCCUUAACUGCGUUGGAUCCUACUUCCGAUAAAACAAAGAAAACAGUUUCAGAAACUCUACCUGUGGCAACUCCUGGUGCAUCUGCUGAGACUGCUGGUGUCACUCCCACUCCCUCCUCUGUUGUUGGUACAGUUAAACAAGACCUUCACUUGACCUCAUUAGCUGUCAACACUGUGGAAAACGUCAACUCCACAGAACCCCCCACAGCCAUCGAACUUGAUAGUCUUCCUUCAGACCAGUUGGCGAAAGGACAGGACACAGUUGCAAUAGAAGGUUUUAUAGAUGAGGAAAAUGUUGAAAGUGAAGGUGAAGGCCAAUACAGGGAACGUGAUGAAUUUGUUGUAAAGAUAGAAGACAUAGAGACCUUUAAGGAGGCUUUAAAUACAGGGAAAGAGCCCCCAGCUAUUUGGAAAGUACAGAAAGCUUUGUUACAGAAAUUUGUUCCUGAAAUUCGGGAUGGGCAAAGAGAAUUUGCAGCUACAAAUAGUUACCUUGGGUAUUUUGGAGAUGCAAAAACUAAAUACAAAAGGAUAUAUGUGAAGUUCAUUGAAAAUGCAAACAAAAAGGAAUAUGUCAGAGUGUGUUCCAAAAAGCCAAGAAAUAAGCCUUCACAAACUGUCAGAAAUAUUCCAUCUAAACCAAGUAGUAUCAGUAAAACUUCUGACCCACCAGUAUCAAAAACUACAACUAUAAAAGCCCCUUCUACAAAACCCAAAGCGAAACAGCUCAAAGUAAAGGCUGAGCCACCACCAAAGAAAAGGAAGAAAUGGAAGGAAGAAUUUUCAUCCUCACAAUCUGAAUCGUCUCCUGAGGUCCGUUCUAGCAGUAGUGAGGAUGAGGGCUUUGAGCCUCCAGCUCCCUCUGUCACUCGUUUUCUAAACACAAGAGCAAUGAAGGAAACUUUCAAGAGUUACAUGGAGUUGCUCGUCAGCAUUGCUCUGGAUCCUGACACCAUGCAAGCCCUAGAAAAGAGCAACGAUGAGCUUCUUUUACCACAUAUGAAAAAAAUAGAUGGCAUGCUGAAUGAUAACCGGAAAAGACUGCUUGUGAAUCUUCAUUUGGACCAGCCGUUCAAGAAUGCUUUGGAAAGUUUUCCUGAACUGACAAUUAUUACUCGAGACUCUAAAGCAAAGAGUGGAGGAUCUGCUAUUUCUAAAAUCAAAAUGAAUGGCAAAGCUUAUAAUAAGAAAACUCUAAGGACUUCUAAAACAACCACUAAGUCUGCACAGAUAUCAUCUGUACAGAAAAAAAAUGAAGAUUUAGGACAGGAAGAAAUUGUUCAACUUUGUAUGAAAAAUGUAAAGUGGGUGGAGGACCUAUUUGAAAAAUUUGGAGAACUUCUAAAUCAUGUACAACAGAAAUGUCCCUAACAUUUCCACAGAGUCCACCUUUUUAUAGCACUAAUGAAGUGUGGAAGGCCAUUGUCACAGAUCAUCCAGUCCUCUGGCAGAGGGGAACUGUGACCAGACAGUGAUGCUGCCACAGAAGCCAGUCCUUUUAUCCUAAUGAAUGGUUUUUCUAUUCUGUAAACUGUGGGGUGACUGGAACAUUUCACAAACAUCUUCUGUCAAUUGAUGAAGCAUGCACUAAGAAUAAUUUUACUGCUAGAGAAAUGAUAUUCAAGUGAUCUGACUUUCCCCCAUGACGUGUCAAAAGUAAAGAAGCAGCAGAGCUCGUUCAUGUCUGGCCACAGUGCAGAAAGUAUUGUACGCUGUGGAAGGUGAUCUGGUGUGUGGCCUCUCGUAUACAAAUGUCUUCAGUUUAAGCACGAAGCUCAGACGCUGCACUCUGCCCUAUGGACUCCUUUAACAUGUCCGGGAAAAGGUGUAGAACUGUGCAAUUCUGUGACUGCUUUGUGUUGAGUUACAUUGUGAUAGAAAAAAAAGUAACUUACUAUUUUCCCUAUUUCAAAGAAAAGUAUUUUUGUUUAUAGUGUGUUUUUCCUUUGGAAAUUUUUCAAUUGUACAUUUUAUUUUACUAAUAGUUGUAUUUUUCACAAGAAAAUGUGGUUUUAGUUGUUCUAUCUGUACUUCAUUGUUCUCAGUAGACCCUGUGUGGGUACAUGUCAUUUACAUUGUAGAUUCUGUCUGGAAGGGGACAUUUUUGUUCAUACCCUUUUGCCAUAGAAUUAUUCAUUCGGUGCUAGUAUUAGUUUAGCUUUAUAAGUGGGACUGUGUGAAACACUGCAUUUACUUUCAUAUUUCAUAAAAUAAAUUUCUUACCAAUCUAGCACUUGAUUUAUAACUGAUUUGUCAACAUAAAAAUUAACUAUUGCCAGGCAUAGCAGUUCAUGCCUUUAAUCCCAGCGCUUGGGAGGCAGAGGCAGUCAGAUCUCUUUUGAGUUCAGGCCAACCUGGUCUACAUACUGAGCUCCAGGACAGCCAGAGCUACACACUGAGACAUUGUCCCCCAGUACUCCCCACUCCCAAAAUUAACUACUGAUGCAGCGUGGUAGCCCAGUGGGUAUAGGCGCUUGCAGCCAAGCGAGAAAACCUGAGUUCCAAGACCCACACUGUGGAAUAAGAGAGCCAGCUUCUGCAAAAGUCAUGUCCCCACACACGCAGAUGAUCAGGCUGUAUGCAGUGUUCCACACAGCUCUACAUAUACACACACAGAUGAUCAGGCUGUAUGCAGUGUUGCACACAGCUCUACAUAUACACACACAGAUGAUCAGGCUGUAUGCAGUGUUACACACAACUCUACAUAUACACACACAGAUGAUCAGGCUGUAUGCAGUGUUCCACACAGCUCUACAUAUACACACACAGAUGAUCAGGCUGUAUGCAGUGUUGCACACAGCCUUCAGAACUGGAAGUGGAGUUCUCCUUCGGUGCCUUUAACCCAUAAGCACAUUAGUGUAGCUUUCUUAAGUUUGAUAGAAUUUCAAGUGGUUUAGCUGAAACAGUGAAUGUAUUAGGUUCAACAUGACCUUGUGUUGUUUAUUUUUGUUGCCAACAGGAUGCCUUUUUGGGAAGAUUUAGAAGUGUCAUUCUGAACGGUCACCCUUUUUAGGAUUCUGGAGCAGUUGUAAAUCAUCAAACCUUUGUUUAUUUUACCACCAUUUAGUGCCUUACUCCUAUCUAGAAAGCAGUGUUACUGUCCAGUGCCCAAAUAAGACAUACUUACAUGGACAAACCUGUUGUCUUGACUUUUGAGAACAGACAAUUCUUACACUUAAAGCUUCUUAGUAAGCUGACAAGAGUUGAAGUUAACAUGCCACUUGGUUUAAAGAUGAACACUGUCAAUGAAAAUGAAUAUCCGAGUUAGGCGUACAUAUUUAUUUCUGGUGAUUGUCUUAUUAAGAGCAAUAUCCUUAGCAUUUUUGCCUGCUGCUUGACUCAGUGGUACCAAGUCAUGGGAAUUCUCUCCAGGGUCAAAUGUUCCAUUUUUGAAGGUUUUUUAAAAACCUACUUUGAGAACAGAAGCAACCUGUUAGGCUUAUUUUAUGUAAUGGCGAUGCUGUCGGCAAGAGAAUGAUGAGGCUUCAUUUUAUAAGCCGAGGAGAGCGGACGCAGCCAUAUUCCGUCCUGACAGCAUUGGCCCUGGACACAAUAUCUUUCCAAUGUGGAACUGACAAGCCCCUAUGCCUUUAUCUUCAUCUUGAAUGAAAUAUAAGGUACAUGUUUGAACCUUUUCAUGAAUAAAUCUCUUAAGAUUAAUCUUAUAAUACCCAUUUCUUUAUUGUUUUUGUAGUUUAAAGCAGGGCCUCACACCCUAGCCCAGGCUGGUCUAGAACUCACUGUUUAGGAGUUGGCUCCGAAUUCAUGGCACCCACCUGUCUCAGCCCCCAGAAUAUCGGGACCCUAGGCAUGAGCCACCAUGUCUGGCUCUCCACUUCUUGAGAACUGCAGUCGUCCUCUGCCUGUUCACAGCUGCAGUCCUGCGUAAGCCAUUUCACAUAGAGAAGACCAGGUCCUGUGAUCCUCCUCCCUCAAGACCCUGCUGUUUAGAUGCAUUUCACCUCCCAUUUAUUCUUAUAGUAGGAAAUAAUCAGCCUCAGGCCUUAGAGGAAAGUAGGAUUAUCUUAUGUCCUUUAUUCUCUAUAAGAAGCUAAAUAAAUGUUUAGUCGGUUAGUGUUCACCAGGGAAUCUGAAAUGUAUGAUAUAUGAAAACAGUUAGGUUGUAGACAAAGAGGUGAAGCACAUGUUGACUUAAGCUAGGAAAAUGUCAAGAAAGAUUGGAGUCUCCUGCCUGUAGAGAUCUGGAGGGUUGGGGGUUGUAGCUCAGUGCUUUACACUUGACUAGGAUGUCUGAGGCACUGGGUUCCCUCCCCAACCCUCAUCCCUCAAGCACACGAAGAUAUCUGGGGUAAUUUCAUGUAAAAAUUAUUCUCUGUUGAUACCCCAGAAAACUGGUUGCCAAAGGGGCCUCCUUGCCAUUUUGAUAUAACCUAGUUACUACUUGAUCCCUAAUAAAUCUAAAUUUAUCGUGAUUUAUCACAGUAAGUUGAACUAGAAACUAUCCGUUUUCCUAUGGUUUUGCCAAAUUGAAAAUAUUGGUAAGAUAGAUAUUAAUCAUUUUAAAAUGUUUAAUAAAUUUUCCUAUUUUUCAAAGUUCUAAAUUUAUUUAAAAAACUUGAAAUUUUAUAGGUGGGGUUAUCCAUUAGGGCUAUUUUCAAAGCUUCACAUUUUUAAGCUAAUUGUUUUUUAUUAAUUUACUGUUUACUUUCCUUGGCAGAUAAACGCCAACCUGCAGCUCUAAAGAUACAGCCGUACAGCUGUUUCUGUUUGUGUGGGUGUCCAUCACUGCCUCAGAUGAGUGGGUGGAGGAGGGUCUCUUUCCCGGUUUCCUCACAGUUCCCUCUGCGCACUGGAUCCCCAGUGAGAUCAGUGUGGGGGUUACUGAGAUAGCUGUGUUUCAGGUGUAGGUAACAAAGCUUAAUGUUUUAAAUGUUUUGUUUCACAAAAAUGCUUUUCAAGUACAGUGAAGUAGCCCAGGAGAUGCAUUACUCGGACAUACAGCUCUUGACAUCUGUGUUCACAAGUGCAUGUUUUUGGAAAUUACCUCUUGAAAAACAACUAAGGCUAAGGAUACAAAAACCUGCAUUUGUAGUAGUCCAGAAUUUUCCAUUGGUCCAUUAUACCAUGUAUGGAGAGGUGAAGACAAUUUUGUAUAUUUGUUACUAACUCAGAUCAUUAAAGUGAAAACACUUUUUUUAAACAAAA